CGCGACAAAGAUUCUCAUCUCUCUACAUCCCCCUUCCUUUUAACCAUCUCUCUGCAUCUCGUUCCUUUUACCCGUCUCUGGUAUUCCACGAAGGGCAACAGCCGGUCUUCCAAGCAGACCAUGAACGGGACACUCGCUUCCUUCUUGUUGGUACGCGCAAUUUUUUCCACCGACCGGCCAAUCGACUUCUCCCUUUGUGCCUCUCCGCAAACGUUUUCCCGUGUAUCGACCAACUACCGGCGAAUCGCGGAUUUCUUCAAGGUUGCACGGGAUCAGGCGUGUCCCAACAAUACGCGCCAUUUCCUUCUUUUUCGAGUCUACGUUCGAGCAACUUUUUUCCAUCGAGCACAAACAGGUUUUCCCCUUUUCUCCGGCAUCGCGUUGUCCUUGCGACUUCGAAAAACGAUUGACGAUCCGAGGAUAGCUUAAUGGCUCGUUGGCUGCGAGGUACGAACAACGACCAGCGUCUUUCAACCUGCUCGAAAUAAUUAUCAACAUCCGCGGGAUGAUCGUUUGUCCUUCCCACGCUCCUACAGCGCUUUAUCGUGCGAAAGAAAGAAUGGCAAAGUAGAGGUAAGAAAGACGACGCAUGGGACAGAUUCGAAAUUAUGCGAAUUCUAAUACAGCUUUCCUCUGCUUGUCGAUUCCAAAUUGGAAGAGAUAUUAACGACGAAAUUAACGAACGUAAUGGCAGCCUGUCGUACCUUCCGUGUCGUGAUACGAGGUGUAUCUCGACCGAAGGGGAAACAGCGUUUGCUGGUCUCACCCGGACUCGACGAACUUGAACUUGGGAAAAAAGCGUUUGCUUUACCUUGGAGGUGUUCAGCCUUGUGGUAACCGAGAGAAAGAUAGAGCGAGCGAAACACGGAGACAAAGGAGGGAUGCGAGUGACCAGAUCGAGCGAGUGAGAGGCGUAGGAAAAGGAUCGAUCAAAACGAAAUGUAACGAUCGGAGAAAAAACAGAAACGCGACUAAUCGAACAAUUUUUUUAUCCAGACCAAAUAGGAUGUGCGGAUUAGAUCUAUGAUGAAGUCGGAUAUAAAAGUAGACUAUUUAAAUGAGGCUGAGAGACAGAGAGCGAGACAAACAGAGAGGCAAACAGAGACUAGGUAAAAAAUGAUGAAAAACUAGAUGAAAGUAGUUGCAGAUAGAUCGUGUGGGAAGCAGAACGACCCGCGUAAUCAGUGAGCCGACUUUGUAACCUUGUUGUGCGUUCCAACCGGACAAGCACGUAGUCGAGAGGGUUAUACAAUUGCUCGGUCUGGUUGCUUACGUAAUUUCGUGAUACUCGUAGAAGUGUCCGCCCUGUGCUUCUCUUUCGAUCAAGGUCAUCGAAAUCGAUCGAUCCAUUUGUUGCGAGUGAUAGCUACCAAACGCGAGCAGUUUGAAAAUAAGAUACAGGAUGAGGAACGCGUCGCGUCGCGUCGCGUCGCGCCGCCCGCGCCCGCGCCCGUGCCGUAACGAGCGAGGGAGCGCGUGAAAACGGCCGAUGUUUCACGCCCGGCAUUCCAAUGCGACCGCGACCAACAAAAUUGAUACGAAGGUGACUACACCAAGGAGGUCGGAACUUUCGCAAGCCCCGCAUCCACUGUCCUUUUCGUAAGUCCACCACCCCAUCAGCGCCGGACAUUGGUAUAAAACGAGGACGCUUCGACGAUUCUGCACUCAUCGCUCAACAGCCGAAACAAACACACAAGCUCAACAAUGAUCAAGACAGCGUGCAUCGUUCUCUUCGUAGCAGCCGUGGCGUCUGCUGGAAUUCUCCACGCCCCUUUGGUCGCUUCUCCAGCGGCGAUUGCUGCUGUUCCAGCACCGAUCGUAACUGCUAGGAGCAGUCAAGUCGUAGCCAGGAACUACAAUACAUUCGCUGCCGCACCACUGGCAUACACCGCCGCCGUACCUGCAGCCGUGCACGCGGCCAUACCAGCAGCACCCGCACCGAUUACCCUCGCUGCCGCCGCACCUGCUGCACCAUUGCCAUACGCUGCACUCGCCUACACCGCCCAUCUAUGAUUUCACCCCUGAUACUCCGAUCGCCUGUCCAAAUCUCUAUUUUUAAGUUUUUCUUUUUCAUGGAAUAAAUUGCAACUUAAAACGAAAACAAACGA